CAGUCAAUCAAACAAAAGGCGCGAUCGGCGGGAGUCGCCUUGGAUAGUUUUGUUGAUUUGCAUGCGAUGGCAUGUAUCGAUUGUGGCAUGUGUAUUUCGUAAGAGAAAGUAAACAAAUUAUCUGUGCCAGUUACUAAACUAUCUCAUAGAAGAAGAGAGGUUAUUUCAACAAACUCAAGGCAAAGUGAACUGUCAAAAUCAUGAAGUUCCGUAAGCUUAGUGUGAUCGCGCUGUGUCUGAUGAUGGAUGUAUGGCUACAAAUAUGCCGGGUUGAAUCACACUUCUUUUGGGGAAGAAGAAGACGACGACGUCAUCCACCUCCACCUUCUCCAAUACAUUGUACAUUUACGCAAUGGAGCAGUUGGUCACAAUGCAGUAGAUAUUGUGGUGCCAUUGGAUCACAGACACGUACAAGAAGCAUUGAUAGACCACCAUCAUGGGGUGGCAGUUGUAGUUAUAUCCUGCAGGAAACACAAUCUUGUACUAUAGCUAAUAGCUGUAACGGUCCCAGCGCACAAUGUAACAUUAAUAAUGGACAAUGUUCGUGUGCAAAUCCUGGUUAUUACUUAGAUGGUAAAACUUGUAAAGACAGGAAUGAGUGCAGUAUAAACAGUGGCAAGGGACCAUGCGACCAUAUUUGUGCCAACACUCAAGGAUCCUAUACAUGUAGCUGUAAUGCUGGCUAUACUCUCUCACGUCCACAUGCUUGUAUACCAAAAGAUUGUGGUGCUCUGACAACUUCAUCAUGCCCUGCUAAUAAUUCCUAUGAGGACAGUUUUUCUAAAGCCUGCAGGAGGGUGACUGUGAACUGUCUUUCAGGGACAAAAUUUCAACAAAGUUGCACUCUUUCCUGUUCUAGUGGCUACAAAGUUGGUAAAAUAACUUCACAGCAAGGACAAAGCUUUGGUCAAGACUUCAACAAAGUAGAUUUUGCUUCAGUAAAGACAACUACGACAUGUUCUUUACAGCAAAGUGGUAGUGGGGUUGCAUGGGACAUUUCAUCACAAGUUGGUUCAUACUAUUGCCGUCGUGUCAAUGAUCCACCAAUAGAUAUCACCUUAUCGAAAAAUACACUUCCUGAACACUCGCCUAGUGGCUAUGUUAUUGGAAAACUGACCUCAAAAGAUAUGCAGCCAAGUCAAAGUUUUACAUACUCUGUGGAAAAGUAUUCAGUGUUAUUUACCGUUAAGGGGGAUACAUUGGUGAGUACAUGGAUAGAUCCAGACCUUCAAGGAACAAUUCCACUUCAAAAUGGCAGGAUUGAUAUCACAAUAAGAUCCAAAGACAACGGUAAUCCACCAAUGUGGAGAGACCAAGUGAUUCCUAUCCAAAUCACAGAUGUUAAUGACCCACCAAUAAACCUCACAUUGUCCAAUAAUGAAGUGUAUGAGAACGCAACAAUAGGAACUGUGAUUGGUGUAUUUAUGGCGAAGGACAAAGAUGACCCCCCUGGUACUCCAGCAAGUUCAUCAGCUUUCAAAUGGAAUUUGAAAAAGGACAGCAAUGGCAUGUUUGCUCUCAAGGGUGGGUCUCAGCUUGUCGUUAAUAAGACUUUGGACCAUGAAUCAGACAAAAUACAUCAUAUUAUAGUAUCAGCAACAGAUAAUGGAAAUCCACCACCAAAGACAAGCCAACAAGAUUUUUUCAUUAAUGUACUUGAUAACAACGAACUACCAGUUUCAUUAACACUUUCGUCAACAUCUGUUGAUGAAAAUUCAUCACAUGGUACAGUCGUUGGGACAUUAACGGCAACUGAUGAUGAUAAUGAUCCCAUUUCAUUCUCCCUUUCUCAGUCACCUAGUUUAACUCUUAGUAAGUUUGAGUUAUCAACGACAAGGUGUUCUUCUGUUGGACAAUCUAAGACAUGUAAGUCUGAUGUGAAAGUCAAAGGGGAUUUGGAUUACGAAGAAAAGAAGUCGUAUCCACUGUUUGUUGUAGCCAGUGAUACUUCUGGGCAGAUUGUGAAAGAAUGGUACAUUAAUGUUGUGAAUAAAAAUGAGAAACCUACAAAGAUAACCCUGACUGGUACGCAUGAGAUAAAUGAGAACUCUUCUAAUGGUACCACCCUGGGGAACUUUUUGGUAACAGAUCCUGAUAACAAAAACAGUACAAGUCAAAGACACAGUUGUUCACUGAUAUCAGGUGAUGUUGAGUAUUUCACCAUUGAUGAAGACACUGUACUUAAAGUAUCUGGAGCAAAAAAAUUGGACUUUGAAGCAAAAACAGAUCUCAGCAUUACUGUGAAAUGCACUGAUGAUGGAAAAAACCCGCCAAAUUUGUUUGUAACACAAAGCUUUGGUAUCAAGGUCAUAGAUAUCAAUGAACCACCAACGUCCUUAUCAUUAUCCAAACUCAUCAUUCCUGAGAAUUCACCACUAAACACGACAGUUGGAAAGUUGUCAUGUGAUGACCCCGAGAAAGCAUACCAGAACUAUACCUACAUGAUACAAGGACCAAAGGGUACACCCUUCAAGCUUGGAGGACAGGGGAACGAUGAGGUUCUUGUGAAUGGACAGUUGGAUUAUGAAAAGACAAAAGUACUUGAUCUUACUAUCAGGGUUACUGAUAGUGGUGGAUUGUUUAUGGAGAAAACAUUCCAGAUUGCUGUCCAAGAUGUAAAUGAACCCCCAAAAGGCAUCAUACUAACUGGACAAAAUGGCACAUUAACCAUCAAAGAAGAAUCAAUAGACACUUUUAUCAGUUUGGUCAAACUUGAUGAUGAAGACGCUGCAGACAAAGACCCAAAAGACUGUAAGCUUCUUGAUGAUGCUGAAAAAAGAGUGCAAAUAAUGUUUUAUGGUCACUGGAUUCUCAAAUCAGGACCAGAGAAAACUGACUUUGAAACAAGUAAUGGAUCUCUGAGUAUCUCUCUAAAAUGCUCUGAUAGUGAUGACAGAUAUGUCAGCCAGUCCUUCAACAUUACUAUUACUGAUGUCAAUGAGAAACCUACAGAUAUAAAGCUAGGUAAAAACAAAGUCGCUGAAAAUCAAAAUAACGCAUACAUUGGUAUUGUCACCGUACCUGACCCGGACAGACACCAAUCUCAUCAGUGUGUGGUUUGUGAAGUCAAUCAAGGAACAUGUUCCCCAAGUCAGAAUUUUGAAGUCAAUUUAGCCAUGGAACUCAAGACAAAGAAGGCCUUAAACUUUGAAGCAAAGAAUUCAUAUAACAUUAAAAUAACAUGUACUGACCAACCAUCACAACAAGGAUCAUUGUCAGUACAAAGACCUUUCACAAUAAAAGUAACUGAUGUCAAUGAAACUCCAUCCAGUCUUUGCAGUUCACCUAUCACAGCUUCAAUUCAUGAUUCAAAUGGUGCUGUUAUAACUCCUCUUGAUGCAGUUGACCCUGACAAUGAACAAAGAAAUAAACAGACACUUGCCUAUUCUAUGAAUAAUAACUUAUAUGGUGGGAUAUUCCAACUCAGGGAAAACCAUGUCUUCAAAAACAAGGAAAUUUCAAAUAUUCAAAAUUUUACACUUGCCAUCACUGUAAGAGAUGAUGGUCGGGUUGUCAAUGACAAAGGUGGAUAUAUCUAUAGAAGUCCGUUAAGUAGGAUCUUCAAUUGUACUGUCAUUAUUACAGAUACCCAACCAUCAACUGACAUACGUCUAACUUCAAACACUGUUUCAAUACUGGCAACUAAAGACACAACUAUUGGGACUCUCAGCACCGUAGGGGGAACACAAGGGGAAGUUUAUAGCUAUAAACUACUCAACAACAAUCUCAAGCCCUUUGCAAUUGAUGGCAACAAGUUUAAAGUGGUCUUAACUCAUAUCCCUCAUUUUGGUAUUCCAUCACUCAACUCAAAGGAACUGUUUGUUGAUGUUAUGAUACAGAGCACUGAUAGCAAGAACAGAGUUUUGAAGAAAAAGAUGCUGAUUCGUAUCAUAAAUAAUGCCCCAGCCAUAGAGAUGUGCCUUGUCAAGCACAGCAUCAAUGAGAAUAAGCCUGAAGGAUCAGUUGUUGGACAGAUACUUAUUGAAGACCCAAAGCCUGCUAAAUACCAAUGUACAAAGACCAGCUGCUGUGCACAGAUUGGUAAUGUGACUGCUGGCAUGUUUCAAUACAACUGUCAUGCCGAUAACCCCAGCGACAAUGCAAUUAUUAUACCCAAGUAUAACAUGUCAGCUCUGUUCUAUGUUGACGAUCGGUACACACUCAGGACUAAAGUCAGGUUUAAUUAUCAAGACUACGUUGACGUUAAAGGAAAGCUUAGUGUUAGUAUUAGUUGUCAUGAUUUACAGCGACCCCUGCACCUGAUAGGGAAGACUGUCACUAUCAAAAUUAUUGACUGUGAUGCAAAUAACAACUGUCCCCACCCCUCUGAGUGUGCUCGUUGUAGCAAUGGUGGUACUUGUCAAGAUGACAUAGGGUCCUAUAGCUGCGCCUGUCCAGCUGGAUACACAGGAGAACACUGUGAGGUUGACAUUAACUAUUGUGUACCAAACUUAUGCCAGUAUGGUUCCACUUGUGUAGAUAAUAAGUCAUCAUUUACAUGUACUUGCCAGUCAAAAUAUUCUGGUUUGUUGUGUAAUAAAAAUGAAGAACUCUGCCAAGACUGUAGUCCUAAUACUCUCUGUGUAAAGUUUGUGGGAGCAGCAAUAAGGUGUUUGACAGCUGAUUACCAGGUUCCUAUCUUGGUUGAUGGAACAGAACUGACUCCGCAGCAUUUGUUGGUUAUUGAAAAUGAAAUUGCUUCACUGGUCCAGUCAUCAGAAUCCAAGCGCCAACGAAGGUCAUCCAAGCCAAGAUUUUAUGCGGAAACAUUGAAAACUGAUUCUGUAUCAGACAAAUCGUUGCUAUAUCUUGCAAUCAUGGAUAGUAAUAAUGGAUAUGGACCACUGUUGGCAACAGAUGCAUGUGCACUACUCAAAGAUACCAAUAGACAUUGUAUUGACAAAGAGGACUGUGGUACUAUCAAAGAAUCUGGACAAAACUGUCCAGUAAUUGGAGCAGCAAAAGCAAGUGCUGCAGCCAGAAAUGAAGGAGGUUUGAGUGAUGGUGCUGCUACUGGUAUUGGUUUAGUUGUAGUGUUUGUAAUUGUGGCUCUCCUUGUUGGUGCUGUGUUUUACUAUAGAAGGAAGGCUCAAAAAGCUAAAUACCAUGAAGUAGUUGUACGAUACAACUCAAACUCACCAAACCAUGUUGCCUGUGAUGACCAAAAUGUUGUAUUCAACCCCCAUCAGGAAAGUGUUGAUUUCCAAAAUCCAGUGUAUGCCGAAGGCAAUGUUAACAAUGCAGUAGUGUUACAAGACAUGAUGAAUGAUAGGCUUGGUAAAGAGGACUUGGUACAUGGUAAUAUUGAUCCUAACUCGGUGAAAAAGAGAAAUGAUAUCAAGGUGACUGAGAAUGCACUGUAUGUUCCACCAAGUGGCCCAGUACUCAGUUCAGAGAAUCCGUCGUACAUCCCAGCAGGUGCAGCAGCAGCAUUCAUUCCUAAAAAGAACAACAUUGAUGAUAAAAAACAAAGUAUUGAUCCCAAGACUGGCAAAGCAUUUUCUCUACCUCUGGACGAUGCUUAUGAAAACCCAGAUGACUUGAAGGGUAAGAAGAGUUUAAACAUAGGCCUCAAGACAGGCAAACCGUUCUCUGAUAGCAAUUACGAAGAUAUAGAUGAUUUUAAAGCCAAAGAUCAUGCAACAAAAGGAAACCCAAUGAAUGGGCACACGGUUAAGGAUCAUUCUGAUGAGAAACAACCACGCAAGGAGCGACGUCCACGUUACGAGCAGAAUCCUGUGGUUACAUUUUCAAAACGAAAAGGUCCUCAUGAUUACGAGGAUACCGAUGAAUAUAGUGCAGCAAUUGGUAAUCCAAUCUACAGUGCUUCAACGGUAGGACUUCCUGGUCCACCAUGUGAUCCUAUCUAUGAAAAUGUAGUCAAAACACCAGAGGACUCAGAGAGGGACUUUGAAAUAGACAAUGCUGGAAAUAAGUCUAUAAGUAACCCACUCUAUGCCACAUCUCCAGCAGCAGUACUCAGUGACCCAAGAAAACACACCUAUGAUAAUGUCAUUAAAACGCCAAAGGAUGUGGAUAAAGAAUUUGAGAUAUCAUCUACUCCUGGACAAUUUGAAGACAUUGGAGAUAAUUCCAUUGUUAAUCCAUUGUACGACCUAGCAGACCCUAUUGGAGAAGAAGGUACUGAACCAUUGUAUGAAGACAUACCAGCAAUGAAACCACCUACAGCCCAGAAACCUAAGAAGAAAGGGUUUAGAAGGAGCAUCUCAUCGGAGAAAUCACCUGGUUAUGAAGAACUGAAUAAAGACAACAUCAAUAAUCAAGAUGACGACGUAUUUUCAGAUUCUAAUGCAUAAUGACAGCAGAUAUCCCAUAUUAUUAUAUUGUAUUAUAGAUAGCUGAUUAACUCAAUAGCAGGACAAACUCCUCUUAUAAUUCCCGUCUUGGUGCUAGGAAGUGUAAAUCAGAGGGUUGUUCCACAUCAUUCACAUCUUGACACCGAAAAGGGAUAUUUUUGAAUCCCUUAUUUAGAAAGCAAUCCCUUAUUUAGAGAGUAAUCCCAUAUUUAGAGAGUAAUCCUUAUUUAGAGUAAUCCCUUAUUUAGAAAGUAAUCCCUUAUUUAGAGAGUAAUCCCUUAUUUAGAAAGUAAUCCCUUAUUUAGAGAGUAAUCCCUUAUUUAGAAAGUAAUCCCAUAUUUAGAGAGUAAUCCCUUAUUUAGAGAGUAAUCCUUAUUUAGAGUAAUACCUUAUUUAGAAAGUAAUCACUUAUAGUGACACAUAGUGCCAAACAAAUAUUUUUUUACGAAUGACUGUUACGAAUGACCUUUUUAUGGGAAUAUCUCUGCAUAGUUUGCCUUAAAAGUAACAGAGCCAAGUCUCUUAUUCAGAAAAGUUCAGCUAAAGUAAUACAUGUAUUAUAAUUGACGAGAGCUUUUAAGCUCAAUAUUAUUUUUGUAUAAAAACUAGUUAAAAGUCAGACACAUCAGUGCAGCAGAAUCAGGAAUUACUAAGGUGUUUUAAUCUGACGUCUUUUCCUGUGGUUUAAUGUCUUUGUUACCAUUAUUUGCAUUCCUUACUGACCACUCAACACUAGAGGUCUUCUAUAAAACAUAUUAUCAGAUUUCAACACAAAAAUUACCAGAUGMAAUUCUCAGAAAUGUUCUCAAACCAUGAUUGAAUUACAGUCAACUAUUGCCUGACACCCCGGUACAACAGACACCUCAAUAUUGCAGAAAGUAAAAUACUGUAUCCCUGGCACAAAAUACCAAGAAUUGACUGAAAGUAACUCUCGUUACUGUGGACUCUCACUACUGCAGACACUAAAUGACAGUCCUGAGGGUUUCUAGCAAGAGUUGACUAUAUUGUACUAGACUCUAGUAAAUGAUGCAAAGAACAUGGGAUAAAAAUAAUCAGUAUAUUAGAUUUUUAAAUAACUAUCAUGCAUUGCAGGCAGUGUAGAUGUCAUUUAAAUUUCCUAGUUCAGGUUAAUAAUCUUACUUGAAACUAAAAUACCACAUUACAAAUUGACACAUUAUAAUUUGAAAAAAUGAUUUAUUGCAAUUUAUAUUUGCUGACAAAGGAUAAGGUGAUGGUAGUAUACAUGCAUAAUAUGCAAAAGAACUUUCCAAUUCCUUAAACUAUAUUUAAUUUUUUUAAAUUUGAACACAUUGAAAAUCAAUACCAAUAGAGUGCAAACACUUGUGUAAUCAAUAAGUGUCCAACAUAAACACCACUAAAUACUGCUACUGCCAUUGUUUAGUUAACACUAUAGUAGUAAAUAGUGAAAAUUGUUGCACACAUUUAUUGUUGGUACACUUCAAGUAUUUCCUCUUUAACAACAUAUGUUUAUAUUUUAGAAUGACAUGUGUAGCCUAGCGCAAAAACGUCGUCCAUGGAAAAAAAAUUAUGCAGGACAAAUUUAAAUGAAAUUCCCAUGUUCCUGAAAUUUAAGGGCAAUGUUUUUGCUAUAAGUGUUCACAACAUUUUUUUAUAUAGUAUUAAUUUUAAUAUGUACAUAUCCACUGUCAAUAAUAGCCAUGUAUUUAACGUUGUUACAUAAACUCCAAAGAAGCAUUGUGAAAAUUUAUGCAACAAUAAUAAAAAAAAUGCAUUCAGACAAAAAGCAUUUGUAAAUAAAAAUAAUUUUAAUAAAAUCUAAUGAAAA